AGUAAGCCAGCGUCUAAAGCUGGACAGUUUUAAUAGCAUGAAGUUCUAUUCUGUUAAGCUAGCAGCGUCCCCCUCCACUGAUUUUACUAUCCUGGCUUGUGUACCACCCUCGUCUGGCCGGCAAAGCUAGUGUUUUCCAACGGCAAGUGCGUAGUGUCGACCUGUUUUACUUUUUCAAGGAGAUAACCACGUGCUUCUGAAACAAUUAUUAACAUGCCAAAAUUAAGUGCCAAGAUUAAUAAGUUUGUACAAAUGUAUGGCGAGGAAGAAUGUCUGUGGAACGCCACUAUUCCAUCAUAUAAAGAUAAGUCUAUUUGUGAUUCAGCACUACAAAAAAUAAGUGGCAAAUUAUUAGAACUUGGCUUAGAAAUGUCUAUCAAAGACAUAAAAAUGAAGAUAAAAAAUUUACGAACAACUUACCGUCAGAAACUGUCCAAAAUUGAAAAAUCAACUAGGUCUGGAGCAGGUUCUAAGGACGAGUAUAAGUCAAAAUUAAAUUGGUUCGACGAAAUGCACAGUUUUAUUAAAUGUGUACCUAUGAAAAGGAAAACAACGGACAGCCAAGAAUCAGCAAUAGAUGAAGAGCAAGAUAACAACCAAAUGAGCCAAGCCAACAUUGAAAAUAGCAAAGAAAAUAAUAUUGACAUCAGCAAUGACAAUAGUGAUAACAGUGAAGACGUUGCAAAUUCUGAAAAUUUUUCACCACGGCCAUCUACAUCUGCGACAGGUAAUAUACCAUAACGCAACGAGUCUGCGACACCAACUGCAAAAACUAAUAGUGAAUCAAACUAUAAAAUGUCAGCUCAAACUCCAAAAAAGAGAAAAAUUGCGGAAGUGACAUCAUUGGUUAGGGAAAUAAAGUCGAUAAAGGAUGAUUUAAAUAGUACAUCUACGGAUGAGCAUUCUACACCACAACAAAAUGAGCAUGAUAUUUUUGGAACUUUUGAGAGUAGCCAACUGAAAAUGUUAUCUACUGCACGAGCUAUUAUGGCUCGGGACAAAAUCAAUGCUCUAUUAUCUCAGUUUCGCAUGGAAGAUCUGAACUGCGUAAACACCACAUUUACAUGCAAGACGCCUAGUAGUCAUUGCUCUUCAGAUUCACACACAACAAUUAAUACUGUACAAUUGGCACUUACAUCAGGAGAGUCGGUUUUGUCAAGAAUUACAGAAAAUGAAGAUAAUUAUCAACGACAAAAUCCAAUCGACGAGAUUAAUUUAGAUUUUUUACGCCAGGACAAUG